AUGCAUGCCCAAACUUUCUUCACCGCUGCCCUUGGCCUCAUGGCCGCAAGCACUGCCUUGGCCACUCCCAUGAGUCCCAUCAGCCAUGGGAACCAAGUUGCCACCAUAUCGACCCGAUCCCCUGAACCCCUGAGUCUUGAUGAUAUCAUCAACGGAGUCAAGAAGGGCGUCGACAAGAUCAAGGAGAAGCUCGGUGGCGGCAAGAAGGAUCCCGCUCCCACUCCCGCCCCGGACGCUCCCGCUUCGGACGCCCCGGCGAGCAACUCCACUCUCAGGGUCCGCAUGACCAAGCGCACCCCCGAGCCUCUCGGAAUCGACGACGUGAUCAACGGCGUCAAGGCGGGCAUCGAUUUGAUCAAGGGCCUCAAGGGCGGCGACAACGCCGGCAACGGGGAUGCCUCUGGGAGCAAGCUCUCGCAAAUCAUUUCCUCGAUCAAGAGCGGCAUUGAUUCCCUCAAGAACCUCUUCAAGGGAGGCAAGAAGGGCGACGAUGGAGCAGCAACCCUGAGUGCGACUCCGACUCCUACUGCCGGUGCUGGAGCCGGCGGUGCUACUCCCACUCCCGCACCCGGCGCUGGUGGCAGCAACGGCAACUCCACCGCCCGCGCUGUCCUUCGCAAGCGCGUCGUCUACCUGCACGCUUAA